UCAGGGGAUCUGCAUCAUGAAGAAUUCGAUUUUCAUCCGUGUUCUGUUACUUUUGUGCCUUCACAUGGCUGAUUCUGUCCCUUCACAAGACUUCUGUGAUGCAAACCAAUGCCGACAGUUAGAGUUUACGCCUGAAAAAGAGUUUGACGGCAAACGCCUCACAAACCACGUGAUUCGUAUCGUUGAGGUCAUGAAAAUGAAGUUUUGUAAGAACGUGUGUUAUAUGGAACCCGACUGUGUCAGCAUUAAUCUUGAUAAACGAGUGGGUCAACAAGGAGAUUACAAAUGUGAAUUGAAUAAUGUUACUCAUGAAGGACACGAACUCGAACUGGAGAAGGAAGAACACUUUUUUUAUCAUGCAGCUGAGAGUGCUUGUGUUAAAAACCCUUGCGAAAAUAAUGGUACUUGUCAAAGCGGUUUUACCGACAAAGGAUAUCGCUGCUUGUGUACUGCCGGAUUCAGAGGUCAAAACUGUAAAAAAGAUGUCAAUGAGUGUAGUGAGGGAUUACACAACUGUAGUGUUGAUGCCGUGUGUAGCAAUAUCAAGGGAUCGUACAAGUGUACAUGUAAAACUGGAUAUUUUGGAGAUGGAAAAGUUUGCAAUGCUUCAUCAUGUAAGGAGGUCUACAAGAAGAGUGGAUUAAACACGAGUGGUGUGAUAACUCUACACUUCGGAUCAGGACCAAAAUCCGUCUUUUGUCACAAGGAAGAUUUUGGAUGCGGAAAUGGAGGCUGGACGCCGGUAAUGAAGAUUGAUGGUAAUAAGAAAACUUUCCACUAUUACUCUUUGUUUUGGAGCAACAUGGCCGAAUACAAUCCGCGAGGAGGCAUGACUGGGUUUGACUCACAGGAGACAAAGCUACCAACUUACUGGAACACAUCCUUCUCAAAGAUCUGUCUCGGUAUGAAGAUCGGCGAAAAGAUCAAAUUUAUUGUAAUCAACAAGCAGGCUGACUCCCUGUACUCACUGAUCGCUGACGGUCAAUACCACUCAACCUCAUUGGGUCGUGACAUGUGGAAGAGACUGAUUGGUCCAGAAGCCUCCUUGCAAACAGAAUGUGGUGAGGAAGGGUUUAAUGUGUACGGCUCUGCCCGCCAUUCCAAAGCAAGAAUCGGCAUUGUUGGUAACGAGCAAGAAGACUGCUCGAGCUGUGAUUCCAGGAUCGGUUUUGGGACAGGAGGUACCCCUGACAAUUCUAUUACGUGUGGAAACGUAGCUAGACACAAUCCAGGUAAAAAAGACAAACACAUCAGAGCAAUGGGAUAUAUCUUGGUACACUAA